UUGAAUGCCGCUACUGAGAUCAAUCGCCACAACAAUUUCCAGUCGUUCUUCAACUCAGUGAUUCUUCUGUUUCGAUGUGCGACAGGAGAAGGUUGGCAGGAUAUAAUGAUGGCGUGCGGCGCUCAGAAGGACUGUGCAAGGGCUGGUUCAGAUGAGAUCAACUACGAUAAGGGCCAAACUUGUGGCAGCAAUGUGAGCUAUGCCUACUUUACCUCGUUCGUGUUCCUGUCUUCUUUCUUGAUGCUGAAUCUGUUCGUUGCCGUCAUUAUGGACAACUUCGACUAUCUGACAAGAGACUCGUCCAUUCUCGGGCCUCACCAUUUGGACGAGUUCAUUCGAGUCUGGGCCGACUAUGACCCUGCAGCAACUGGACGAAUUCAUUACACGGACAUGUACGAUAUGUUGCGUAAUAUAACACCACCUGUUGGAUUUGGACGAAAAUGCCCGUAUCGAUUAGCUUAUAAACAUCUAGUUCGUAUGAAUAUGCCGGUUGCUGAAGAUGGUACCGUCCACUUUACGACAACACUCUUCGCUCUCAUUAGAGAGAGUCUCAGCAUCAAAAUGCGACCAGUCGAAGAAAUGGACGAAGCUGAUGAAGAACUGAGGCAAACGUUGAAGAAGAUUUGGCCGUUGAAGGCAAAAAAGAACAUGAUAGAUUUGGUGGUACCUCCGAACCAUGAGCUCUGCUUCCAAAAGCUGACAGUAGGAAAGAUCUACGCUGGUCUACUUAUUCUGGAAAACUAUCGAGCGAAGAAGAGUGGAACUGAGAUUGGUGGCGGUGGUCUAUUCGGUGGUGGCCUUCGUGGAUUAGUUGCUGCUGCUAAGGCAGCUGGUGGAGUCAAUCAUAUGCCAGCACCUCCUGUUGACGAAACCAGUCAACUGAUACCAAAUCAUACGCCUCAUGCCAACAAAACUCCGGCACCGGUAUGA